AUGGCCGACCGCAGACCCGACGGUGCUGAGAGCCGCGCCAAGCGCCAGAAGACGGCCGCCGAACUCGACCCCAAGGCCAAUCCCUACCUCGCCCACAUGUACGACGGCGGCUCCAACGGCGCCGCCAACGGCUUCGACAGCGGCUCUGCCCUGUCCAAGUUCCGCCGCCACAAGACCACCUGCGAGGAUGCCCAGCAGGCCGAGGAUGGCCCCAACAACCCUUUCACCGGACAGCCGCUGUCCAAGAAAGAUGAAUUCUUGCACAUGUACCAGAGCACCCAGAUCCUCGUCUUCGUCGGUGAGACCGGUUCCGGAAAGACGACCCAGAUCCCGCAGUUCGUUCUCUUCGACGACCUUCCGCAGAUGCAGGGCAAGAUGGUCGCCUGUACCCAGCCCAGGCGUGUCGCCGCCAUGUCCGUCGCCCAGCGCGUCGCCGACGAGAUGGAUGUGUCUUUGGGCGAGGAAGUCGGUUACAGCAUUCGUUUCGAGGACCGCACUUCGCACAAGACCAUCAUGAAGUACAUGACGGAUGGUAUGCUACUACGCGAGGCCAUGAACGACCACAACCUGUCCCGCUACAGCACCAUCAUUCUCGACGAGGCCCACGAGCGUACUCUGGCCACCGAUAUCCUGAUGGGUUUGCUGAAGGAGGUCGUCGGACGCAGGCCCGAUCUGAAGCUGGUCAUCAUGUCCGCCACCCUGGAUGCUCAGAAGUUCCAGCGUUACUUCAACGACGCCCCUCUCCUCGCCGUCCCGGGUCGUACUCACCCCGUCGAGAUCUUCUACACUCCCGAGCCCGAGCGCGAUUACGUCGAGGCUGCCCUGCGCACUGUCCUCCAGAUCCACGCCACCGAGCCCGAAGGUGAUAUCCUCCUGUUCCUGACUGGUGAGGAGGAAAUUGAAGACGCCUGCCGCAAGAUCGGCUUGGAGGCCGAUGAGAUGACCCGUGAGGCCGAUGCGGGCCCUCUCAAGGUGUACCCGCUUUACGGUACUCUGCCUCCCCACCAGCAGCAGAAGAUCUUCGAGCCCGCCCCUCCGCCUCGCACUCCUGGUGGACGUCCCGGCCGCAAGGUCAUCGUCUCGACAAACAUUGCUGAGACCUCCCUUACCAUUGACGGUAUCGUCUACGUCGUCGACCCUGGAUUCAGCAAGCAGAAGGUUUACAACCCUCGCAUUCGUGUUGAGUCUCUCUUGGUUUCUCCCAUCUCCAAGGCUUCUGCCCAGCAGCGUGCUGGUCGUGCCGGUCGUACCAGGCCUGGAAAGUGCUUCCGUCUGUACACCGAGAAAGCCUUCAAGUCUGAGCUUAUCGAGCAGACUUACCCUGAGAUUCUGCGCUCCAACUUGUCAUCCACUGUUCUGGAGCUCAAGAAGCUUGGCAUCGAAGACCUUGUGCACUUCGAUCUCAUGGAUCCUCCUGCGCCCGAGACUCUGAUGCGCGCCCUGGAGGAGCUGAACUACCUGGCUUGUCUUAACGAUGACGGUGACCUUACUCCACUUGGCGGCAUGGCAUCCGACUUCCCUCUUGACCCCGCACUCGCCGUCAUGCUCAUCUCCUCGCCCGAAUUCUUCUGCUCCAACGAGAUUCUCUCUCUCGUUGCUCUCCUCUCAGUUCCGCAGAUCUUCGUCCGUCCGGCCAGUGCCCGUAAGCGGGCCGAUGAGAUGAAGGAUCUCUUCGCUCAUCCCGAUGGCGACCAGCUGACGAUGCUGAACGUGUACCAUGCCUUCAAGUCCACUGAGGCCCAGGCGAAUCCCAAGCAGUGGUGCCACGACCACUUCCUCUCUUACCGUGCCCUGCAGCAAGCCGACAACGUCCGUCUGCAGCUUCGUCGCAUCAUGGAGCGUCUCGAAAUCACGCUCAUGUCCACGCCCUUUGAGGACAAGAAGUACUACGAGAACAUCCGCCGCGCUCUCGUCAGCGGCUUCUUCAUGCAGGUGGCCAAGAGGGACGGCACGGGCAAGACGUACAUCACGGUCAAGGAUGAGCAGAACGUGCUGCUGCACCCGUCCACGGUGCUCGGUCACGACAGCGAGUGGGUUGUCUACAACGAGUUCGUGCUGACGACCAAGAACUACAUCCGCACCGUGACGUCGGUCAAGCCGGAGUGGCUGCUGGACAUCGCGCCCAACUACUACGACCUCCCCAGUUUCAAGAAGGGCGACAUCAAGAUGGCUCUGCAGCGCACCGUCGACAAGAUGAGGCGCAGGGAGGCCAUCAAGGGCAAGCGCUGA